CAAAGACUUGGGAAAAGUGACACCAAUGCAAACCAAAAACAUCGGCGUCAACCUUAAAACCGAACACUGCGCGAGUAUUCGACAGCAUUCUCCCCGAGGAGGACAUUUCACAGAAAGUUUGUGAAACUCGUGCGUCUGUCAACUAUCAAUGUUAAUGAACAUGUCCGACGGUGAACGCUCCGCGGCGGUGACAGCGGGGAGGUACCGUGACAGGACCGACACUCUCAUCGAGAUCAUGACGGACCGCCGGGAGCAAGAACAUCUAAUGGCCGUACUGGAGCAGCGCGUACAGAAGUUGGACAGUUUGCGACGGUGGGAAGACGAGCUACUCAAGGAGGCGAAGAAGGCCAAGGAAUUACUCUCGAACUUUGAUAUUUCUCCACAGCCAACAUAUCUCCACGUGAAGGAACAAGAUCCGAAUGUUGAAAAAGCAGAGGAAGAGAGGAAAGAGGCCAGCGAGAAAGCGCUCGAGAAGAAGACGUUGAAGGAAGAGUACGCUCAGCUGCAGCGCACAAAACAGGAGCUCGUUCGUCGCAUGCGCAGAGACGCGGUGUAUCGCGACUUCAUGAAGCAGGUGUUAAAAAUAACACGGUUUGAAGAUGAAGCGUCUCUGGCAGGUCAUCUGGAGAAUCUUCUUCGAAUCAGGGAGCAACUCUGUGAGAAGCAGAGGGUAGCAGAGGAGCAGGUGGACCAGCAGAGGAAAGCCCUGCUGACCUUUAACGGCCAGCAUCGCUCCAUGCUUCUGCAAUGCAGCAACCAGCUGUCGCAGCUGCACCACAAUUUGGACAGGGCACAACAUGAAGUGGAACGUUGGGAGACGAAGUGGAAACACAUUCAGGACACUGCAGCUCGGGAAACACUUCUGCUGGGACUGAUCAAGAUGGCAACACUCAACCUCUACGAGUUGACGGGCGGUGACGUGGAUGGUGAGAAAGGCGCCCCUCUGAGUGACACCGACGCACAACUGAACAAGAUCAAGAUGUUCAUAGAGGACCACAAAGACAUUGAUUGUACCUCAAAGUAGCUCACACAGAAACGAUGCAUCGAAGGCCGUGUUAACAUUAACAAAACAUUAAAGUACGAUAUUUCAUUUUGCCCUUAUCUCACUCACUGCCAGCCUUCCCAGUUAACAUGGAUAUUUGACUUCUAAAGCCGUCAAUGGCAGUGAAUGUGUUAAAUAUGAACUGUAGUAUUCCUGUCUUCAAAUGUACAUUAUGUACUAUGUAUGGCGAAAAAUAUGCUGUACUUGCUCACAUAAACUUGU